AUGAGUAAUAAGAUAAGACAUUAUAUGAAUUAUAAUAUAAAAGAAAAGGAUAGUAGUAACAUAUGUAAUUUUUACAUAAAUUUAAGAGACGUUACUGAUUUGAAUGAACUAGAUGAAUUGUUAAACGAAGGUAAAAAAUGUUAUGACAGAUAUAAUAAUGAAAACAAAAUAAAUAAUAUAAAUAAAAAGAGUUUAUUAGGAGAAAUAAUUAAAGCAUAUAUUUUUUGUAAAAGUGUGAAAAUAAAAGAAACGUGUAAUAUAUGUUUAAUGUCAUGGAUAUCAACAAGACAAUGUUGGUAUGAUUGCGAUGAGUUACUUUUAAAUAAAUAUUUUGAUGGAUUACUUGAACCAUUAGUUUUUACAUUUAAAAUUUUGAGAGAAAAGGUUAUAUAUCAUUUUUAUCAAAUACCAAAAAAAUUAUAUAUGGUUUUUAUAAAUAAAUUUAAAAAAUAUUUAAAAAUAUAUAAAGAUAAGGAAAUUAUUUUGAGUAUCAUAACCUCAACUUUGGAUAUAUUAUAUUCAAAAGUAUUUUAUUUUAAACUUUGA